AUGCUUCGUAUAACAACUUACGGCGUGUUGUUCAUACUAAUUCCGCUGAUCAUAGCUAUUGACUUCCUACUGUGGAUACUAACCCCAGCCUCAACAGCCCAGGGAAUAUUAUCUCUUAUAGCAGGUGUAGGCUUCUUUGCUCCUGUGAUAGUUGAAGACGUGUAUACCAACUGUUGGAGGCAGCAAAAUGGUGGCCAAGGGUUUAUCUUUUCAUUUCAAUGCUCUAAGGCAGUCGGCCGGGCAUCUGCAGCCUUUCUUAUUGGAGCCAAAGGGUUCGGAUAUUCUACAGGUUGGUACGGCCUAGAAGAACAUGGUGUGAAUUACGUUGCAACCACUAAUGCUGAUGGCACUUUAUUGUAUCACAUUGACUUGACGCACCCAUUGUCCAAGCGUAUAGAUGAUGACGACACUAACAUGACCACGUUUAGCUUUGAGAAUAUCACAUUGGCCAUGCCCACAGAUUUGGCUGGUAAGUACUUAAGCGACUUCGUUGGGGUCGCAUUCAGCGAACACAAUGAUACACAUGCCAUGCCUGUCCAUGUGGUCCGGUACUCCAAAAAUGCAGGCAUGCGUAUUGACUUUAUCUUGCUGGAACAAGAUGAUGGGUACAACAGUGAUGUAGUCCUACUCAACGGAUGUUCGGCCGGUAAUUACUAUAAACCCGGUGGUUAUUAUACGACCGGAGGUUCCAUGGUAUUGGCAUGUCAGUACACUCUUGGACACGAAAGUGGCAAUCAACAUGUCGAGCUGUUCGAACUGGCAGGUAAAGGCAGCCUAUUACACUCGAGGAUGGUGGCAUACUACGGCUACAUGGGACCUACAAGCAAGUUGAAGUGUGACUCUAAGGUAUAUUCAUAUGCUGAGACGCAAGAUAGCUGGCGUGUAUGGGACGAUGUGGGGAGUAGCUAA